UAAAUUGAUUUUCUUCCCAGAGGUCCUGGGAUUUCCACGAAACUGACGUGUUUUUCUCGAUUAUUGGACGUGUUAAAUCAUGUCGGGUGACUGGUGACGAACGGACAUUUCCACCUUUUUUAGUUCUUGGUAUCGUGGAUUUACGUUGGAACCUAUUUUAAAGACACCCAGAGGGUGAAAGCAGACCGAAUGUCUCAUUCGGGAGAUGUGUCUGAAAAUGUAAACACUGAACUCGCUGAGGAAUCCAAUGGAAAUUCAGUGGGCGAAGGUCCAGGUGAUGAACAGCAAGAAGCACACCACACCACACAAGAACCUGCUUGUGUCAUCGCGGCGGGAAAAGACAGUGUGGAUGUUGGACUAUAUCAAAAUAACGGAAGUGACGAACUGAAAAAAACAGACAUUGAAAAUUCAUCUAAAUUAGACCGUUCAGAUGUUACAAAUCUCGUGUUAUCUGGGAAAAGUACUUCGGUAGAUUUAAAGAAAGAUGAGAACAAAACAGACUCUAAGUCUGGUGACGAACAGUGCAACAAAAACCGUGAAAGUCAGAAAAGUGAUUGUGUGCCAAAUGAUAAUAAACAGGCCAAGGCUGUAAGAAAUAUUUCAGAAGAAAACGAGAGUGCCAAUAACUCCAAUACAGAAUCCCGAACUAACAAGAGCGAAACAACAUUAACUACAGGAGGUGACCGGCUCACACCCCACAAAACACGGUCUGACCUCACAACACAGGAUACACGGUCUGUCCUCACAACACGGGAUACCACUCGUCACAAGGACAACAUAAAUAUCGGACAAGAUCUCAAGAGAGAACAUUUUUGGCGGCGAUUCUGUAAUUUGUAUCUUCUUUGUUGCAAGACCGAUCUUCACGUUUUCAUGGCAUACACAGCAGUCACCGUGGUUACCAGUUUUCUAGCCGGCACUUUGAUAUCCACAAUAUUAAACAGCUGGUACGUAUCAAACCAGGAGGGACGUAUUCUACUGUCCGUUAUGCAACAGAUGAAAGACAUGCCGAACGUCCCUCAUCCACAGUUUGCAAAUACUCAACAUGUCGAUGCUAGACAUUGGAAACAGCAGGUUGAUGAAAUUUGCCAGAUGAGCAGAAACGAGACUCUGAAGUCUGUUAACAAGACUGUCAAGAAUUUGGAGUGGAAGCUGAACAAGACUCGAGACGAGCUGCAUAGAAACCACAGUACACUUGCCGACGAUGUUCUGUGGAAGCAGAUAUCCGUGGAAGGAAAGGUGUCCUCACUGAGCUCCUACUCGCUGAACAGUGUGUGGAGUUACCUGAUCGUCCUCCUAGGACUGGGUGAAGUCUUAAUGCUGGUUGUCAUUUGCAAAAUGUUGCCGCUACUCAAGAGACUCUCUGGUCGUGGAGAUAUCAUUCAACACGUAGCGAAUGUUGACGUCGUAGAGAAUCGGAGUGAAAACAGAAUAUGGGGAAGUGCCGACAUCCUCGAUAAGAUCCACCCAACAAUGUUGGUGUCAGGCGUGUGCACCAUCAGCUUCUACUCGGAAAGUGUCUCCAAGCACGACGGCCGAACCCGGAACAUUCUGCAGGGCAGCGCGUCAACUCGCGACACCAAGACCGCCAGCUUCGUCGUGAAUCGCCACGAGGACGUGCUGCGCGUGCCUCGCUACAAGGUCUACGUUGUGUGCGUGGACUUCAACGAGAGAAACGUCAUUCUGGAAGAUCCCAACAAAGGCCUGGGGGACCUCCGACUGACGACUGUCCAGGGACUGCACAGAAUGGGAGGUGACGUUAUCCUUCUCUAUGCGCGAGAUACUGGCUCGCGGCAUCUCCCUCCAGGCUCUCUGUACAAUGAAGGUUUAACCUCCAUCAAGACGCAUCCAGAGUUAUCUAACCUGAGUGCCAGACGAAGAAUGUUCAGCAUUUGUGAAGAGUUUACCAAUUCUCAAAAAGAUCAAAUUCGCAAAAUUGUCUCUGAAAUUAUAUAAAGACAAAACAAUCUUCUACGGUUUUUGGUUUAGUCAUAAGAAAUAGGGCUAUAUUUCUUGGGAUGACAUGGUAUAAAUCUGGAUGGCGUUAAACUUUUGGGGAAGGGCUCCAUAUAUAUCUGACUCUAGUGUGUGCCCCUAUGAAUGGUACAAGAAUCCAUUUACACCAUGCGCAGCUGUGCAUACUAAGAGAUAUAAUGUAGCAGGAAUGUGUUUUUCUCCAGGCAAAUAAAUACAUAUGAUUUUUUUUUUUUAAGUUUUUGAAGUUGAAUAUUGGAAAAGGUAUGCAAUGCAGAGCACUGAACUUUUGCACUUAUGCACUGAUACAGAAAUUAAUGUAAGAAAAAAAAGCUAUAUUAUUUUUUUUUUUUUAAAGUACUGGAUAUCUAAUAUGCGUGCUAAAACUGAUGGUCGGUGGUCCAGUUAUGUUUGUUUCCAACAAAUGGACAUUUCCUAUUCAUGUUCCCCGACCACAACCGUUAUAGGACUGUCUCUCUGGGAAAGGGGUAGGACGCAGCCCAGUGGUAAAGCACACGCUUGAUGCACAGUCGGUCUAGGAUCGAUCUCCUUCGGUGGCACCACGACUGGUAUUACAUAACAAAGGCCGUGGUAUGUGCUAUGCUUUCUGUGGG